GAAUACUUAGAAAUGGUAAAUAAAUAAAAAUGAUUAAACUUAUAUCAAAUGUACGAACACGAUUGAAUCAUCCACCUCCAAAAAAUGCAGCAAAAAUUCUUCUGUUGUGUAAAAUUAAUGGACUGAUAUGUUGUUUAGCAGCAACAAUAAUUCUAGCAUUUUUACCAAGUACUUUCCUCUAUUGCUGUUUAAUUGCCUACGCACUACCAGGAUUUGUAUGUGGAUAUAUAAUUGUCAACUUCAUUGGUGUUAUCACCAAUUAUUCCCAAGUUGAUUUAAUCACUGAUAUCUGCUUUUCUAUUUGUGGUAUAUGUACCAAUCUGUACGUUUCCAUUGAUAUUGUUGUAGACUGGGUACUGUGGUACAGUCAUGAUCCAACUGUUACAACUUACAUUAGUCACUAUGGAACAGAAUUUCUAAUCCUAUCGACGGUAUGUCUUGUAAACGUAAUCACUAUGUUCAUUCAGUUGGUCUAUAGUUGUCGUGCAAGUUUUCACCAACGUGUUGCAGAAGAAACAAGACCUGAAACUAAGGAAUAAUCUCAUGAAUAUAAUUAAAUGCAGUCACUUAGUCUAACUCGUUUAAUUAUCUCAAUUUGACAUUGAAACAGUCUAUUAUAUAUGUUCUACUCAUACAUAAUAUUGUAUUUUAUUAACCACUACCCUAAUUAUCGUGCUGGCAUUUCAUUAUUGCGGAUAAACUCAAGGGAAUCAGAGAUAUAGAAUAACUUGGGGAUAAUUCUAUAAGAGCAAAGAAGAAAUGAACCAAUUGAUCUACAUGACCCUAUGAUCUUUGUCAUUUUACCAUUGCUAGUCUGAGUU